AUGUUUAAUAAAUCCUCCUCCUCCUCCUCCUCACCAUCAUCAUCAUCAUCAUCAUCAUCAUCAUCAUCAUCAUCAUCAUCAUCAUCAUCAUCAUCAUCAUCAUCAUCAUCAUCAUCAUCAUCAUCAUCAUCAUCAUCAUCAUCAUCAUCAUCAUCAUCAUCAUCAUCAUCAUCAUCAUCAUCAUCAUCAUCAUCAUCAUCAUCAUCAUCAUCAUCAUCAUCAUCAUCAUCAUCAUCAUCAUCAUCAUCAUCAUCAUCAUCAUCAUCAUCAUCAUCAUCAUCAUCAUCAUCAUCAUCAUCAUCAUCAUCAUCAUCAUCAUCAUCAUCAUCAUCAUCAUCAUCAUCAUCAUCAUCAUCAUCAUCAUCAUCAUCAUCAUCAUCAUCAUCAUCAUCAUCAUCAUCAUCAUCAUCAUCAUCAUCAUCAUCAUCAUCAUCAUCAUCAUCAUCAUCAUCAUCAUCAUCAUCAUCAUCAUCAUCAUCAUCAUCAUCAUCAUCAUCAUCAUCAUCAUCAUCAUCAUCAUCAUCAUCAUCAUCAUCAUCAUCAUCAUCAUCAUCAUCAUCAUCAUCAUCAUCAUCAUCAUCAUCAUCAUCAUCAUCAUCAUCAUCAUCAUCAUCAUCAUCAUCAUCAUCAUCAUCAUCAUCAUCAUCAUCAUCAUCAUCAUCAUCAUCAUCAUCAUCAUCAUCAUCAUCAUCAUCAUCAUCAUCAUCAUCAUCAUCAUCAUCAUCAUCAUCAUCAUCAUCAUCAUCAUCAUCAUCAUCAUCAUCAUCAUCAUCAUCAUCAUCAUCAUCAUCAUCAUCAUCAUCAUCAUCAUCAUCAUCAUCAUCAUCAUCAUCAUCAUCAUCAUCAUCAUCAUCAUCAUUCUUUCAUAAUGAUUAA